UCAGCCUGUAUUUCUUUGUCAAAACAGCUUCCCGAACUACCCUUAUCCAGCUGGUGUUCCAUUCCCACCCACCACAAAUGUUCCAUACUAUCCUUCUCAGCCCCCUGUGACUACUGUUGGACCCAGCAGAGAUGGAACUAUCAGUGAAGACACCAUUAGAGCCUCCCUUAUUUCAGCAGUCAGUGAUAAACUGAGAUGGCGGAUGAAAGAAGAAAUGGAUCGUGCUCAAGCUGAACUCAAUGCCUUGAAGCGCACAGAAGAAGACCUGAAGAAAGGACACCAGAAACUGGAAGAGAUGGUAACUCGUCUGGAUCAAGAAGUGGCUGAAGUUGACAAGAACAUUGAACUUCUCAAAAAGAAGGAUGAGGAGCUCAGUUCUGCCUUGGAGAAAAUGGAAAGUCAAUCAGAAAAUAACGACAUAGAUGAAGUUAUCAUUCCUACGGCACCACUUUACAAGCAGAUCCUGAACUUAUAUGCAGAGGAAAAUGCAAUUGAAGACACCAUCUUUUAUCUUGGGGAAGCACUGAGGCGUGGAGUGAUAGAUCUAGAUGUCUUUUUAAAGCAUGUACGUCUUCUGUCUCGCAAGCAGUUCCAGCUGAGAGCAUUAAUGCAGAAAGCAAGGAAGACUGCUGGACUCAGUGAUCUCUACUAAACUCUCAGACUUUAACUGGGAAGUUGGAUUUACUUGUGAAGCAGCCAUUUUCUUGAUCUUUCUCUUAAUCAGUAGGUGCCCAGAAUAAGUUAUUGCAUCAUUCAACUGUAAAAUAUUUUGAAUCAAUAAUAUAUUUUCUUUUUGGUAAAUACUAGCUUUUAUUAAUGCACUUUCUAUUUCCUGUAAUCUUUGUGCUGGUGGACUUAAGCUGAAUAAAACUUGUUGCAUAUUUUCUUCCUCUA